AUGUCAAUCUAUGAAGAAAUUAUGAGAGCCCAAGUUAAACAAGGUAACAUGGGUGGAAGAAGUGGACCAUUAGGAUAUCUUUUACGUGAAAACAAACAAAAAGAAAAAAAAGCUGUAAAGGUUAAUACACCAAAACCACCAAAGCCAGUUGUUACCCAAAGUCCAUACACCAUCAAUUUAAUAGAGGGAACUGUUACCAAUGCAACUGAUAACAAUGGUUUUUCAGAUCCAUACCUUGUUAUUAUUGCCAUUAAACCAGAUAAUUCAUUUUCAAAAAUUUUAUUCAAAAGUAAUGUAUGUAAGAAAACACUUACUCCAACAUGGAAUCAAGUUGAAAAUUUCUUUGUUAAAGAUAAUGUAACAGAUAUCAUCGUUGAACUUUGGGAUCAUGAUGUCUUAAGUAAAAAUGACUUUAUUGGUCGUUCGAUCAUAUCAAUGAAUACCGUACGUUCAAAGGGUUACGAUGGUACUCUCGAAUUCUUCAAUGGAUCAGAAGUUGUUGAUGGUACCGUCAAAUUAACCAUUAAAAGAAAAUAA